AUGGAUAGCGGUCUCGUUGAUUAUUCGCCCCACCAUCCCGCGGAGGUAAAGAAACUUGACUCUGCCUCCAACGUGAUCCUCAUUGACAACUACGACUCCUUCACUUGGAACGUUUAUCAAUAUCUGGCGCUGGAAGGUGCCACAGUCACAGUCCAUCGCAAUGAUCAGAUUACCCUGGAGGAAUUGAUUGAAAAGAAGCCGACGCAGCUCGUCGUAAGUCCUGGUCCGGGACACCCUGAAACCGACUCGGGUGUUAGCAGAGAUGCUAUCAAGUACUUCAGUGGGAAGAUACCGGUCUUUGGUGUUUGUAUGGGACAUCAAUGCAUUAUUUCCGUGUUUGGCGGCAAGGUUGAUGUUACUGGUGAAAUCUUGCACGGCAAGACUUCGGUGUUAACACACGACUCAAAGGGAGUGUAUACUGGACUUCCGACCUCGUUGAACGUCACCAGGUAUCAUUCGCUCGCCGGAACUCAUCCCACUCUUCCGGAUUCUCUUGAGGUAUCUUCAUGGGCAAACAUAGAUGUUGGCCGAAACCCAAUCAUUAUGGGAUGUAGGCAUAAAGAAUUUGCCACCGAAGGUGUACAGUUUCAUCCGGAAAGUAUUCUGACCGAGCAUGGAAGAUCGAUGUUUCGAAACUUCUUGAAGUUGCGUGCUGGUACUUGGAAAGAGAAUGAAACCUAUCUUUCCACAGUUUCCACUGGCACCAAAGGGGACAAAAAGACGUCCAUCCUGGAGAAGAUUUAUGUGCACCGAAAAGCAGCUGUUGCAGCUCAAAAGCUGAUACCGUCGCAAACCCCUGAGGAUCUUCAGGCUUCCUAUGACCUCGGUAUCGCGCCACCACAGAUAUCAUUUCCUGCCCGGUUGAGAAAGUCGCCAUAUAACUUAGCACUCAUGGCUGAAAUAAAGAGAGCUUCUCCUUCAAAGGGAAUAAUCGCUGCUUCAGUCUGUGCUCCUGCACAAGCUAGGAAGUACGCUGUGGCUGGCGCAAGCGUCAUUUCAGUUUUGACAGAACCGGAAUGGUUUAAAGGCAGUCUAGAUGACUUACGCGCCGUACGACAAAGCCUUGAAGGACUUCCUAACCGUCCUGCGGUUCUACGCAAGGAAUUCGUCUUUGACGAGUACCAGAUUCUUGAAGCACGCCUUGCUGGUGCCGAUACAGUGCUGCUCAUUGUUAAGAUGCUUAGUGUCGAAUUAUUGACAAGACUCUACAAAUAUUCACAAAGUCUCGGAAUGGAGCCGUUGGUUGAAGUCAACACUCCGGAAGAGAUGAAGAUCGCGGUUGAACUCGGCUCUCAAGUGAUUGGAGUGAACAAUCGCGACCUUACCAGCUUCGAAGUCGAUUUGGGUACCACGAGCCGACUGAUGGAUCAAGUUCCAGAGACCACCAUCGUCUGUGCUUUGAGUGGUAUUUCAGGACCGGCUGACGUAGAGGCGUACAAAAAAGAUGGCGUGAAGGCUAUCCUGGUCGGAGAGGCCUUGAUGCGGGCGAAAAACACAAUGCAGUUUGUAUCUGAGUUACUUGGCGGAAACGCAGCACUACAAUCAUCCAAAAGCUUGCCGCCUCUAGUUAAGAUUUGUGGGACGAGAACUCCAGAGGCAGCUCGUGUUGCUAUUGAAGCCGGGGCCGACUUAAUCGGGAUCAUUCAGGUUGAAGGCCGCAAAAGGAGAGUAUCCGAUGAGGUUGCUUUGCAAAUAUCAGAGGUUGUCAAAACGACACCUCGCCCAUCUAGUAGCCCGACUGUUGAUGCUGAGGCUUCAAUAUAUUUUGAGCACUCAGCAAAAUUACUUCGUAAUCCUACUCGUGCGCUUCUCGUUGGCGUUUUUGCAGGGCAACCUCUGUCAUACAUUAUUGAACAACAACGCAAGCUAGGACUUGACGCCGUCCAGCUGCAUGGAGAUGAGCCCGUCGAAUGGGCCAGGUUAAUACCUGUCCCUGUGAUUCGAAAGUUCUCUCCCGGUGAGCCUAGCCUCGCGCGUCAGGCUUACCAUGCGCUCCCUUUACUUGAUUCAGGUACCGGUGGCUCCGGAGAGUUGUUAGAUUUGUCAUCGGUGAUUAAAGAACUCAAGGGUAACGAUGGCCUCCGCACCAUUCUCGCCGGUGGUCUUAGCCCUGAGAAUGUAGCGGAGGUGAUCAAAAGUCUAGGCACUUCGGCCUCCAAAGUCGUUGGUGUUGAUGUUAGUAGCGGCGUUGAGACGAACGGUGCUCAAGAUUUUGAGAAGAUACGAGCUUUUAUCUCAGCGGCAAAGGGUCACUAA